AUGUAUCUCUCUGCGUGUGUCUGUGUCGCUCUCUCUCUCUCUCUGCGUGUGUCUGUGUCGCUCUCUCUCUCUCUGCGUGUGUCUGUGUCGCUCUCUCUCUCUCUCUGCGUGUGUGUGUGUCGUUCUCUCUCUCUCUUCGUGUGUGUGUGUCGCUCUCUCUCUCUCUGCGUGUGUGUGUGUCGCUCUCUCUCUCUCUGCGUGUGUGUGUGUCGCUCUCUCUCUCUCUGCGUGUGUGUGUCGCUCUCUCUCUCUCUGCGUGUGUGUGUGUCGCUCUCUCUCUCUCUGCGUGUGUGUGUGUCGCUCUCUCUCUGCGUGUGUGUGUGUCGCUCUCUCUCUGCGUGUGUGUGUGUCGCUCUCUCUCUGCGUGUGUGUGUGUCGCUCUCUCUCUGGGUGGGUGUGUGUCGCUCUCUCUCUGCGUGUGUGUGUGUCGCUCUCUCUCUCUCUGCGUGUGUGUGUGUCGCUCUCUCUCUGCGUGUGUGUGUGGCGCUCUCUCUCUCUGCGUGUGUGUGUGGCGCUCUCUCUCUGCGUGUGUGUGUGGCGCUCUCUCUCUGCGUGUGUGUGUGUCGCUCUCUCUCUGCGUGUGUGUGUGUCGCUCUCUCUCUGCGUGUGUGUGUGUCGCUCUCUCUCUGCGUGUGUGUGUGUCGCUCUCUCUCUCUGCGUGUGUGUGUCGCUCUCUCUCUGCGCGUGUGUGUGUCGCUCUCUCUCUGCGCGUGUGUGUGUCGCUCUCUCUCUCUCUCUGCGUGUGUGUGUGUCGCUCUCUCUCUCUCUCUCUGCGUGUGUGUGUGUCGCUCUCUCUCUCUCUCUGCGUGUGUGUGUGUCGCUCUCUCUCUCUCUCUGCGUGUGUGUGUGUCGCUCUCUCUCUCUCUCUCUCUGCGUGUGUGUCGCUUUCUCUCGGUGUCUCUCACUCGCUCCGUCUGUGUGUGUGUGUGUCUCUCACUCGAUGACUCUCUCUCACUCGAUGACUCUCUCUCACUCGAUGACUCUCUCUCACUCGAUGACUCUCUCUCACUCGAUGACUCUCUCUCACUCGAUGACUCUCUCUCCCUCUCGAUGACUCUGUCUCCCUCUCGAUGA